AUGAAAUUGUCAAUUGGUUUGGACCUAGGCCUUUAAGUUGCAGUGCAGGUUUUUUGAUGAAAGAUCAAUUUCCAUAUCCCUAUAAUGAUACUUCAAGAUCAUUUUAUCGUUAUAAUAGAAAUUCACCUGUUUUAAUUGGGCCAAUGGAGACAUCG